AUUGGUCUUAUACAAAGAGAUGUAUAAAUAGAGAGGCAAAGAAGAGUAGAGCAUUAUGAAGGUACCAGAGAGAUAAGACGGCAAUGGAGAGGAAGGUAGGUAUCGUUGGAGCAGGUGUAAGUGGCCUCCUUGCUUGUAAAUACAUCUUAUCUAAAGGUUUCCAUCCAAUUGUUUUUGAAUCCCAAAGCUCGAUUGGAGGGGUUUGGACCAAAGCGCUUGAGACUACAAAGCUCCAAACUCCCAAGCCAUUUUAUCAGUUCUCUGAUUUUGCUUGGCCAUCAUUUGUCACUGAAUACUUUCCCGACAAACACGUGGUAUUGGAUUAUGUUGAGGCCUAUGCAAAGCACUUCCACUUGCUUAACCACAUCAAAUUCAACACCAAAGUUGCUGGUAUUUUGUAUGAAGGUCCCCGGGAUGAAGAGAUCCAGUCUUGGAGUUUAUGGGGUGGCACUGGCGAGCCUUUCAGCUCCAGAGGCAAGUGGAAGCUCAUUGUGGAAGACUUGAAUACUCUUUCAACUGAGAUCUACCAAGUGGACUUUGUAAUCUUUUGUGUGGGACGGUUCAGUGGUCUGCCAAACAUACCAGAAUUCCCCCCAAAUAAGGGUCCGGAAGCAUUUCAUGGUAAGGUCAUACAUUCUAUGGACUAUGCAGCCAUGGAUGAUGAAAAGGCUGCUGAAUUCAUCAAAGGCAAAAGAGUCAUUGUUGUUGGGUUCCAGAAAUCUGCUUUGGACAUUGCAAUGGAGUGCUGUUCAGCAAAUGGUAAAUACAAUCUAUUUAAACGAACUCUUAGAAUUCAUCCAUAUUUGUUUCUUCUUUCAAUUUGGUUUGCAGGGGUAGAAAACCCAUGUACAGUUUUAUACAGGACAGCACACUGGCAUCUCCCUGAUUAUCUUCCCUGGGGGUUUUCACUGGCAUAUAUGUAUCUUAAUCGGUUCUCAGAGCUUAUGGUUCAUAAGCCUAGUGAAGGGUUUCUCCUCGGUCUCUUGGCCACUAUUCUUACACCACUGAGAUGGGCAUAUUCGAAAUUUGUUGAAAGUGAUAUAAAAAGGAAGCUUCAUUUGGCAAAGCAUGGCAUGGUCCCAACACAUAGCUUCCUCCAUGAAAUCAGUUCUUGCUUGACCUCAACAGUCCCAGAAAAAUUCUAUGACAAAGUUGAAGAUGGAGAAAUUAAAUUGAAAAAGGCCCCAAGUUUUAGUUUCUGUGACAAUGGCGUUAUGGUGGAAGAUGAGACAGUACCUAUAGAUGCAGACGUGGUGAUUUUGGCCACAGGAUUCAAGGGAGGAAAAAAGCUCAAAGACAUGUUCGUGUCCCAAACCUUUCAAAACUUCAUAGUUGGAUCCCCUGAUGCUGCAACCCCACUCUACAGGGAAUGCAUUCAGCCAAGGAUACCUCAACUAGCUGUAAUAGGAUACUCUGAAAGUAUUGCAAAUUUGUAUACCUCAGAGAUAAGAUGCCGAUGGCUAGCUGAACUUCUUGACGGCACAUUCAAGCUACCAAGCAUAGAAGAGAUGGAAAAGGAUGUGAGAAAAUGGGAUGAAUACUUGAAACAAUACUCGGGUGGAUACUAUCGAAGAAAGUGUAUCGGUGCACUCCAUGUAUGGUACAAUGAUCAACUGUGCAAAGAUAUGGGGUGGAACCCUAGGCGGAAAAAGGGACUGUUUGCUGAAUUCUUUGAACCUUAUGGUCCCUUGGAUUAUGUCCCUUCUUGAACGUGCCUUCUUUUAACCCAUUAGAUGCUGACAAUUGUUACUUUCUUUACUCUUGCAUGUACCAGCUCAUGCUUUGAUUAUAAUAUAUGGAUGAAUCCAAAUAAAAACAGUAGCAAUCCAGCAUAUGGGGGACAGGCGGAUGGUGUUGGUUCAUUACUUGAUCAACUUUUCUACAAUUAGCCAUCUACAUGAUAUCUUCAAGUGGAAUACGUAAUUAAAAGUAAUAGGCAAAUUUUUCUGCUUUCCAAUUUACGCCA